UUUUAAGAUAUAUACAUACGAAUUAAUUUUUUUUUCCAAGAAGAAGCUCGCAGAUCCCUAUUCGCCCUUGAUCCCUCUUUCUCUCUCCGCAUGAUAUAGUGCUGCCACUGGUGAGCAAUGCGCAGAAUCAAUUAUAGCGUGUAUUCAAACUUGAGAUAGGCUUACGAGGGUAUAAGGGAAUCGCAUCGUGGGUGGUCCGUCGAGCGGGAACGUGUGUGGUCCGGCAGGUUCAUGCGCGCUUGAAGUGCAGACGCUGUCGCGGCGAGAUUGUAGAAGAUGCGAGACGCUCCGGCCGAACGAAAUCAAGACCUUGUCCCGUGGUUAGCCGAAAUCGUAUAUAAGAACAACGGCCUCGACUCGUGAACGCGACGAGCCAAACAAAAAUGAUAUUUUUGCUGGUUCUCUAUUGCUUGCUAUUUCACGGAUCGUCAUCAACACUGGAGAAUGAGCUUAACAAUGAUGGCGAAAAUAUUACAUGGAAGGAUAUGGACUUGAGUCCUCGGCAUAGAAUUAAAGAUUCUAGUUAUCUGCUUGAUAGAUAUCCCAUAGGAGAACUGCCACUGGAUGUAUCAACUUGUCGCAGACCUGCCAAAUGUGUUCCACUUCAUAAAAGUACCUGCAUGGGUACAAAAUUACCCUACUCCUUUACAACAUUGGAUCUUAUACCAGAGCGUGUGACUCAAGAUAUUAUUGAGGAAAGAUUGCACUUGUUACAAGCUUUAAGACAUGUACCAAAGUGCUGGGCCGUUGUUCAACCAUUUCUGUGUUCGAUAUUUAUGCCAAAAUGCAUCAAUAAUACAGUUGAAUUGCCAUCUCAAGAGAUGUGCAAAAUGGUAUCAGGACCCUGCAGAAUGUUAAUUAAUCACACGAUAUGGCCGAAUUUCGCAAAGUGCGACAAUACAAAAUUAUUUCCGCGAUUAUGUAAAAAUGACAUUAGAGAAUUGAAAUUUAAUAUUACCGGUAAAUGUUUGAAGCCUCUUGUGCCUACUGACAAUGCCCUUGCAAUUUUUGAUGGGGUGGAAGGCUGUGGAACAGAAUGUUAUGACCCAUUAUACACGUCUGAUGAGCACAGUCAAAUACAUUCGUUCAUUGUAUGGGCUGCAGGUAUCUGUUGCAGUUUUAACUUGUUCACUGUUAUAACAUUUUUGAUAGAUUGGAGAAGUGCAAAUAAGUAUCCAGCUUUAGUCAUAUUUUAUAUUAAUGGUUGUUUUCUUGUUUCUUGCAUUGGCUGGUUAGUUCAAUUUACUCCCAGUGGUAGAGAGGUAAUUAUAUGCCGCAAAGAUGGAACAUUAAGGAUGAGAGAACCAAGUGGGGAAAAUUUGUCUUGUGUUGUUGUCUUUGUUCUUGUCUAUUAUUUUCUAAUGGCAGCUAUGGUAUGGUUUGUCAUAUUGACAUAUGCUUGGCAUAUGAGUUUUCGAGCACUUGGCACAAUACAAGAUCGUAUAAACAAGAAGAGCGCUUAUUUUCAUCUAAUUGCUUGGUGUGUACCACUCGUUUUGACAGUUGCAAUCAUGGCGCUAGGCCGAAUCGAUGGUAACAGCAUGACAGGGAUAUGUUUCGUGGGUUAUGCUGAUCAUGCAGCAAAAGCUUUUGUACUAGGUCCAGUGUUAAUUGCUGUACUCGUAGGAGGAUAUUUUCUAUGUAGAGGACUUUACACACUUAUACGCUUAAAGAUAAGCAGUCAAGAAAUUAUAUCUGAAAGGGCAAGCUCAAAGAUAAAACAAACCAUUGUUAGGAUGGGGCUUUUUUCUAUAGCUACUCUUGCAGCGGUUGUUGUAACAUUUUAUUGUCAAAUUUACGAGAUUCAACACUCUUGGGAAUGGCGACAAAGUUUUAGAAAUUAUAUGAUAUGCGCAAUAACGACGAUGUAUGCAGACGUGUCCGACUGCAAAAUAGACAUGAGACCUAGCACAGGUAAAUUGCAAUUACAUUUGCUUGCACUAUUUUCCACUGGCAUUCUUAUGUCCUCGUGGGUUUGGACUAGUUCGACGGUCGAUACAUGGUGCAGAUUUUUGAGGAGUGUGUGUUUUUUUUUCAUUUGCAGAAUCUUCAAUCGCGAGUCUGAAGAGCCCCCUAUAAGACUGAGUAAGCAUAAACUUAUCGCGCAUUUAUUCGCGAACCGUAAAACGUUUAACAAGGCCGGACGACUGUCCAUAAGUUUUCACAACACUCAUGAGGAUCCGGUCGGAUUGAAUUUCGAUCUCAACUCCGCGGCAUCGCAAGACUUUAGCACGACUUGGGCAGCUGCUCUGCCAAAAUUAGUGACGCGAAGAGGUGCGCUAGUCGGUGGUACUACAGGAUCUGUGUCUAGCAAUAGACGAAAUUCAGCUGAUUCUGAAAUCAGUUAUAGUUUUCGAUGCGUCUCUAUGGAAUCCAGACGAAACUCAUUAGAUUCGCAGAUAUCUGUACAGAUUGCACAAGUGAAAACCACGCGAAAGGUCGCCAGUCGAUCGCGUGGUCGCCGCGGGAAGAGCAGAAGAGACUUUGGGAAAUCCCGAUCGAGUAAAAUCGAUCCGCUUUCCAGGAGAGGCAGCACCACUUCCCAGGAUAGUCAACUGAUGACUCAAAUACCUAUGGUAUUUCCAAUCCAAAUGCCCAAUAUGGGUAGAAGAUUAGGGAAUGCUGGAUUGGACGAGCGACCCUUGGGCUUGAAGGUCAUCGAUACCAAAGACACAGGCAUGUUGUUGCCUUUUUUGUUGCGAGGGCAGAGUGGCAGCGACGAAAAUUUAAGCAGUGAAGAAAAGAGACAUCAAGAUAUGGCUGAUAAAGACGUCGACAUAGAGACGGGUAAUAUGGAAAAGGAGGAUGAGCAGGAUAGCGACAGCGAAGAUAGUCAGCUGGAGGAAGAAGUAAAGAUGCUUGACCCAGAGGAAGUGCACGAACGUAGUAAGAAUAAAAAUAGCAAUAAGAAGACUUACGAGGAUGAUCGGAGAAAUCGUGAAGGUAGUCAUAGGAGCAAAUACGUCCUACAGGACGAAGCUAUCUUGAAACAUUUGCUUCAAGAGACUGGCGAUGUCAAGAUGAAGAACGAAAAUGAAAAGAAGGAAGUGUAUAGAAAAACUGUGAUGGACGACAUGGACUCUAGUCACGCCUCGUGUUAUCCAGAAUUAACGAGAUUAUUGCAAAACGACGGGCCUACCAACGCCAGAGAAAUGGCAACGCAGACUUCGUUGCCACUCGACAUACUGGAAAUGGAGGAGUUAAAGCAAAGUAUCGACGAAAUAAUCAAUAGCAGACAUUGUAGUUCUAAAGGGACUCAAAUAUCGCCGCAAUUGAAAAAAGGCAAAAAUAUUGUGACAUAAGACUGACAA